UUUUAGGCUCCCGAGCUGUUUAGCCAUUGCUGAGUGUUCCAAGCUAAAGAUGACAGUGAUGAGUCACCUGAGAGUGAGUCUACAAGUCUCUUCGUGCACGCUGCUGUGGAGACGGUUCCGGGUUCCGAGGUUGGUGCCACUGAGGUCCUGCAGUCUGUAUACCUGCACAUACAGAACCAGGAACCGAGCCUUACCUCCACUCUGGGAGAACUUGGACCUUGUUCCUAGCAGGUGACGGCAGUCACCUAUCAACAUCCGAUGGAGGGACAGUGUUUAUGACCCUGGCUUAAAACCACUCACCAUUUCUUAUGACCCAGCCACCUGCCUCCACAUCUGAAAACAGCCGGGUACUCCUUUUCUUGUGGAAUUUGAAGAUUCUACAGAUAAAUCAGUAAUUGAGGGAGGACCCCUGGAACACAACUACCGACUGAAGCAGUUUCAUUUUCACUGGGGGGCCAUCGAUGCUUGGGGCUCCGAGCACACUGUGGACAGCAAAUGCUACCCAGCAGAGCUGCACUUGGUACAUUGGAAUGCAGUCAAAUUUGAAAGUUUUGAGGAUGCAGCACUGGAAGAAAAUGGCUUGGCUGUGAUAGGUGUAUUUUUAAAGCUAGGUAAACAUCAUAAAGAACUGCAGAAAUUGGUGGACACUUUGCCAUCAAUUAAGCACAAGGAUACCCUGGUGAAAUUUGGAUCAUUUGACCCUUCCUGUCUGAUGCCUACUUGCCCAGAUUACUGGACCUACUCUGGAUCUCUCACUACGCCUCCCCUCUCAGAGUCUGUUACCUGGAUCAUUAAGAAGCAGCCAGUUGAGGUCGACCACAAUCAGCUUGAGCAGUUUCGGACCCUGCUUUUCACAUCCGAGGGAGAGAAAGAGAAAAGGAUGGUGGACAACUUCCGCCCACUUCAGCCUCUGAUGAAUCGCACUGUCCGUUCAUCCUUCCGCCAUGACUAUGUGCUCAAUAUACAAGUGAAGCCCAAGUCGACUGCCAGCGAAGUCUCCCCCUAAGACAGCAUAUUUAGGCAGCACCUUGUUUUAAUGCAUAUUAGCUUAAAAUUUCAACUGGAUGAUUUUAAAACAGCAUUUAAUAAUACUUAUAUGUAUACAUUUCUGGUUCUUUUCCUUCUAAUUUUUUUUUUGUAAAAACAUUUCAAAAUUCCUCUUCUUAUAAAGCAAAGACAAAGAGACAAAACAAGAAAAACAAAAACCUGUAACAAAACAACAUCAAGUUACCUGAGGUCACCCUUUCUUAUGACAGGAUUAAGGCAGAGGAAUCUUCAUUAACAGUUAAAUCUCUCGAAUCUAUUUCUCAGAAAAUCAGAUGAACAGUUUAGUUUCCCCUUGGUUAAAUGGAAGCUUAAUGUGAGUGCCUGAUCUUGAUUUUUCUGUUUGGGCCUAAUUCAGGAUCUUAACCCACAAGGAGAGGUUCUUGGGAAUUUUACUUAACAAUAACUUCCUUUUGCUCAAACUGUAAAUUGUCUCAUUUUUCAGUGUUGGUCCCACUCUUAGCUACCAUCAUUUGGAGGCGAAUGGCUUUCAAAGGUUAGGAGUAUACUUACUGGUUUUAAUUUGUGUCUUUUUUGUUUUUUUUUUUUAAAGAUAAGUUCUUACUAUUUAGCCCUAACUAUCCUGGAAAUCAAUAUGCAAACCAGUCCAGACUUGAACUCACAGAGGUCUGUCUGUCUUUGCCUCCUAAGUGCCGGGAUUAAAGGCUUGUGCCACCACAACCAGCUUUCAUUUGUCUUAUCAAAUAUAUUUGCUCUUUGACUUAUGAUACUGUCAUUGGAAUAUUAACAGAGCAUGCAAGGUGUGCUUAUAGCAACCUGUUGGUAA